GUGGCGAGGCCGCCCAGAAGCAAAGCGAGUAGGCAGCUGCGAGCAUGCGUCGCGUCGCGGGGCGCGGGUGCACCGCCGAGCAGCUUCGUAAAGGAGCGUAGCAGCCAAUAGGCGACGGUUGCUCUGUCGCCGGGGGCGUGGCCAUGCAGAUAAGGCGCGGGUGGGCGGCCCAAUGGGCGGGCGCCUAUGCAGAUGAGACGGUGACAGCCGGGCCAGCGGGCGGGCGGGCAGGCGGGCUGUUGGGGCGGGGAGGUGGGACCCGGAGAGGGGUGGCCGUGGGGCCCGGCCGGGCUGGGGUGGGGGGCCGCAGCCAUGAUCCGGGCCUUCUCGUUCCCGGUGAGCCCCGAGCGGGGCCGGCUGCGGGGCUGGCUGGAGGGCAGCCUGGCCGGGCUCUGCGAGUUGCACUGGCUCCGGGAGAGGCAGGAGUACCGCGUGCAGCAGGCGCUGCGGCUGGCCCAGCCCGGAAUGGGGGGCGCCGAGGCCGAGGACGAGGAGGACGCCGAUGAGGACGAAGAUGCGGCGGCGGCGCGCCGGGCCGCAGCGGCCCUGGAGGAGCAGCUGGAGGCCUUGCCUGGGCUCAUCUGGGACCUGGGCCAGCAGCUGGGAGAUCUGAGCCUGGAGUCUGGGGGCCUGGAACAGGAGAGCGGGCGCAGCUCAGGCUUCUAUGAAGACCCCAGUUCCACGGGGGGUCCAGACUCACCACCCUCUACCUUCUGUGGGGACAGUGGCUUCUCUGGAUCCGGCUCCUAUGGACGCCUGGGUCCCGCUGAACCCCGGGGCAUCUAUGCCAGCGAGAGGCCCAAGUCCCUAGGAGACGCCAGUCCUAGUGCUCCAGAGGCGGUGAGCGCUCGGGCAGCCGUGCCGCGAUCGUACUCGGCGCCCUACCCGACGGCAGCGGGCUCCGCGGGCCCGGAGGCCUGCUCCUCCGCGGAGCGGCGGGCCCGCGCGGGGCCCUUCCUGACGCCCAGCCCCCUGCACGCCGUGGCGCUGCGCAGCCCGCGGCCCUGCGUCCGGCCUCCUGCGGACUCGCCGGACGCCCCCGGCACGGGGCGGCCCCUGGACGGCUACAUCUCGGCGCUCCUGCGCAGGCGCCGCCGCCGGGGGGCGGGCCAGCCCCGGACCAGUCCCGGGGGCGCGGACGGGGGCCCGCGGCGCCAGAACAGCGUGCGCCAGAGGCCGCCCGACGUGUCCCCGCCCCCCGGAGGCGCGCGGCCCGCGCCCGAGCCCCCAGUGGAGCGCGCGGGGGGCCGUCCCGCCAGCCCGGCGCCUUUGGGGCGCGCCUGGGCCUCGCCGUGGGAGUCGGAGACGGCGCCCGAGCCCGCCGCGCCGCCCGCCGCUCCCUCGCCCCCCGACAGCCCGGCCGAGGGUCGCCUGGUGAAGGCGCAGUACAUCCCGGGCGCGCAGGCCGCCACCCGCGGCCUCCCCGGCCGCGCGGCGCGCCGCAAAGCGCCACCACUGACCCGUGGCCGCAGCGUGGAGCAGUCCCCACCCCGGGAGCGUCCCCGGGCCGCCGGCCGCCGCGGACGCGUGACGGAGGCCUCGGGCCGCCGGGGCUCGCCCAGGGCUCGCAAGGCCGCGCGCUCCCAGUCUGAGACCAGCCUGUUGGGCCGCGCGGCCGCGGUGCCUCCGGGGCCCCCCAAGUACCCCACGGCCGAACGGGAAGAGCCCCGGCCGCCGAGGCCCCGUCGCGGCCCUGCGCCCACGCUCGCGGCGCAGGCCGCGGGGUCCUGCCGCCGCUGGCGCUCCACGGCGGAGAUCGACGCUGCGGACGGACGCCGCGGCCGUCCCCGAGCCCCGACAGCCCGCGGCCCGGGGCCCGGCCCAUCCCCGUCAGCUCCGCAGCGCCGUCUUCUCUAUGGCUGCGCGGGCAGCGACUCUGAGUGCUCUGCGGGGCGCCUGGGGCCCCUUGGGCGCCGGGGUCCCACCGGCGGCGUCGGCGGCGGCUAUGGGGAGAGUGAAUCGAGCGCCAGCGAGGGGGAGUCGCCUGCCUUCAGCUCCGCAUCCAGCGACUCAGACGGCAGCGGUGGCCUGGUGUGGCCGCAGCAGCUGGUGGCAGCCACCGCAGCCUCUGGGGCAGGGGGUGGUGCAGGUGGAGGGGCACCCGCGGGCCCCGCCAAAGUGUUUGUGAAGAUCAAGGCUUCCCACGCACUCAAGAAAAAGAUACUGCGUUUCCGUUCGGGUUCUCUCAAGGUCAUGACUACAGUGUGAGUUUGGCGGUUUGCUCGGGCUCCCCCUUCAUGGCCUCUGCACCACCACACUCCCAAUCACUGACCCUUCCAUACCUCCCUUCCAAAGACCACCAUUUUCUCUGCUUCCAAAGACCCUUCCUCACUGCCCCCAUCCACUGCAGUCUUGGUUGAAAAGGCUCCCCCUCCACCAUAGGGAGGAAUGGGGGAGGAGCCCUGUUUGACCCAGUUCAGCUGCUGGCUCUGCAGCCCUUGGGCAUGAAAGUUCCCUUUGUCUGGGCCUCACUUUCCUCAUCUGUACUAUGGGUGUAAUAUGGUAUGCGGAAGGGGUAAUUCAGUUCGAAUUUCCCCAUUUUAGUUUAGACACUUAGUCCGUUUGUUCACGUUCACCACUGUCACUGAACCCUCUUAUUCCUCCUUUCCAUGCCCAGAUCUGGUGUCUCUCCCCCCCCCCCCCCAUUCACAAAGUGCCCCCAUCCAUGUCCCUGGAUUCUUAAGCUAUCCCCUUGGCACCGUGGUCAGAGACGCUGUGUCUGACCCAGGUGGUGCCUGCAGAGUGCCCUGGGAAAGGAAGGAGCACUGACUUUGGGGUUUUGAGGGUCAGUUAGGAGGUGGUAGCACCUGGAAAGAAGGACUCUUUCGCCUCUAUCCCGGGACAGUUAUGGAGGACUAGGAGGUAGAAGAGGAGAAGGAAGAUGGUUUCUAUCUCAUGCCCCCCCCCUUUUCUCCCCCCUCCCAAAGGGAGUGGGGAGAGCCCAGGAUGACCCUCAGCUGUUCCAAUCCAGUAUUUUUUUUCUUUUUUAAAAUUACUGUAUUUAUUAUGACGAUGGUGACUCCCCAGUGCACAGGGGGGCCAGAUUCUGUGUUUCUCUAACCUCUUUGUAAAUAAAUGCACACUGUUCCAUA